AAAGAGGGAAGGAUGAAGUGGCAUCGUCUUGAGUAGUUGUGGGGGUUUUGCUUUUGCAUAUGAAAGGCAAACGUAAGAAGAGACAGUGAGUGUGGUAUAAUAGUACGUAGAACAAAUUAAGCAGGAGGCGAAAACCAAAGCACAGAACAGAAACAAACGAUCAAAAAGGGCGAGAGCAGACAGAGAUGCCAGAUUUGCCUGCAAUCCUAGCCAACAGCACCAUCGAUCAACCGCAAGAACAACACACCACCACCACCAACAACAACAAUACUACUCUGACUCAGAGAGAGAGAGAGCUCCAAAGCCAAUUUUGUGAUUGUGAGUGGGUGCUUACUGGCUGCAGCAGAGGCAUUGCACCAGCAUGCACUGCAGGCGCACCCACAAAGCCUUUCCCCCCUCCUCGAGUGGAGAGAGAGAAAGAGAGAGUCUAACCCCACUUCUUUUUUUUACUUUUAGUUCUCUCUCUCUUUCUUGGAAAUGUUUUCUUUUCCUAAACCGUCUUUGAAGCUUUGUAACUGCGUUUUGUGUUGGAGCUUAGGCCUCCUAACAAAGGAGUUUAAGGAUGCAGGAAGAUUCCGAUCGAGCAGCUAAUCCCAGCGUCCCACCACCACCUGGUCUCGUCACAUCAUAUACACGUAUUCUCUCUCUCUCUCUCUCUCUCUCGCAAGGGAGGAAACUGGGAAAGCAAAAGGCAAAAAACACAGAACAGAGAGAGAGAGAGAGAAGGGGCAAAUGAUGAGGGGCUGGACCAGUGUGCAGGCUCUGGGAGAGGACGAACAUGACCUUGUCGGUUGUUCUGCAGUGUGAGUCUUUAUUGUCAUCAGUCUCUCUGGCAACAAAACCCAAACUCACCUCCUCUCUCUCUCCCUAUCUUCAGUGCCCACAAUUCCAAACCCUUUCGUUUCCUCUGAUAGAUGGCUUUUAUGGCCUUGGAUGGCUGUUGGGAAACACAAGUCUCUCUCUCUCUCUCUCUCUCUCUCUCUCUCUCUCUCUCUCUCUCUCGCUUUUGCUAGUAUAAAAUUAUUCUGCUUUCCUCCGAAGAUCAAUGCUUGAACCAAACCUCAUAUAUACAUGUACAAGAGUUGUUCAUCUGGUGCUGGUGAUAGGUGGUGCAGUCCCUCUCUCUUAACCUACAGUGGAACGAUUCAUCAAUUUGUCAGAACACAGUUUUUGGAUUACUAUUCAAGGGGUCCCAUUUCGGCUUCCAAGAUUCCUUUUUCUUUCCUCUCCCUCCCUCCUUUAUUUUUCUUUUCCGUUUAAUUAAUGAUUUUGCUUUCAGAAAAAUGAAAUCUUUUUCAUCCAUCCUUUGUCCUCACUCGCUUGUGAGUGUUGGGAAACGGUUUCAACUUCAAGCCUAGAGCACUGUGGUUGGUUCGGUGGGAUUAGCAAUAUUCACAACUUCCAAAUCAGACGAAAAGAGACCACAAGAAUCCUGGAUUAAUUACCCAGUUGAUUAUUUGCUCCUGGGAUUAGACGAGUUCGCUUCGAUUCUGCCUGAGAUCCUCGAUGCUAUGACAGCGACGACGAUCUAAACACAGAGGGUAGACGAGUUGAAGAAGAUCGGAAAUGGAGCUCCGAGGCCAAAAGAAAGAUAUUGGCUUGCCAAUGGGGUAUUCUGCUUUAUCUUCUGCAAAUCAAGAAUCAUCUUCCAAGCUAUCUUCUGGCUGUUUGUCUACAGGAAUCAGAGAUGGAAGAAGAAACCCUGGACAAACCCUAGAUCACCAUCUUCUUCACCAACAACUGAAUCCACAGCCGCAACAGCAAAUACGUGUUCCGGAAGAAGAAGAUUCCAAUCCAAAUCUGAACCCAGAUCCAGAUCCGUCACCGCUGCCCACUGCAACAAUUACUAUUGCAUCAAACUCGAAGAGUACUCCAGCGCCGCCGCCGCCGCAGUCUGCCGCGGCAGCGGAAACAACGUCUGCGGCAGCCACCAGCGCCGCCUCAAUUCGGUAUAGAGAGUGCCUGAAGAACCACGCCGCCAGCAUGGGCGGCCACGUCGUCGACGGCUGCGGAGAAUUCAUGCCCAACGGCGAGGAAGGCACGCCGGAAGCCUUGAAAUGUGCCGCCUGCGAUUGCCACCGCAGCUUCCACCGGAAAGAGGUCGACGGCGACUCUCAGCCGGCUGCCGCUUCAUACUACCCUUACAAUCCCAUUAGAAACAACCGGAGCGCAACCCAUCUCGCGCCUUGGCUUCCGCCGCCGCCGCCGCAGUACCACAGAUACUCCCGCGGCGGCGGCCUCUCUGCCAGCCCCCCGGCUGGCCCGGUUCCGCCGCUGAUGGUGGCGUUCGGCGGCGGCGGAGCUCAUGCGGAAUCGUCAAGUGAAGACCUCAACAUGUUCCAUUCCCACGCCGGAACACAAGCAAUGGGGCAGCAGCCGGCGUUCUCACCUUCGAAGAAGAGGUUUCGGACGAAAUUCACGCCAGAACAGAAGGACAAAAUGCAAGAAUUAGCAGAAAGAUUGGGAUGGAAGAUCCAGAAGGAAGACGAGGAAGAAGUCCAGAGAUUCUGCGCUGAAUCAGGCGUAAAGCGGCGAGUUUUCAAGGUAUGGAUGCACAACAAUAAACAAGCCAUGAAAAAGAGACAAUUGUAAGAUCACAAAGCUUAAUAAUUCCUAGUUUCGGAGAGAGUAGAGAAUUUAUUAUAUUCUUGAUCUAGCUACGUACAAUUAAUCUUUACAAACAUUCAAAAAUCUCCUAGUUUUGCUCUUGUUUUGGAGCAUAAUAUUGACAUGUUAGGUUAACCUUGCAGUACUUGGCUUAAGCUUUUUCUGUGUAAUACUAGCUAGAGAAUAAGAGAGUUAAAUGCCCUUGAAGCUAAUUCGCAUCACGCCAUCACCUCCGCCCAUAUAUAUCUAUAUAUAUAUCCUUAAUUUCCUUUUUCUUUGGAUUUUGUUUUUCCAGGACAACGUGUCCCAGAAUUUCAGUCCUUGUCCAUGUUUCUUUCAGGCUUUUGUUUGUUAGCCUAGUUUGAUAUUUACAUUUCUCUAUAUGUGCCUUUUUCUCUGUGCGCUUUAAUUUGGACAUGGGC